AUGUCUAAAAACGUUUGCUACGUUGAGGAUGCCGAGGAGGACUCAGAGACCUCUGUCCUCGAGGGCAUCCGUGAUACACGCCGCUAUGCCGUCUCUGAAGCUCCAGGUCCCGCGAGCCCUCCCCCCAAAGAACGUCCUAAUACUGGAAAAUCCCGCGGCGAACACAGACGACACACAAGCCGGAGGCAGGUAACCCCUCCCAGCGAUGACUAUUCAGACGAGGAACCUCGUCCUCCCCCUCGUAGGGAGGAACGUUCCCGCCGAGACCAUGAACGGGAGCGGGAGCGUGAACAGCAACGUGAACAACGAGACAAAGAUCGACGUCGCAAGGAAAGAAAACAAAAAGAAGCUGCCGAGUUGCAACAGCGAAAAGUCAGGGCUGAAGCUAAGCAGCAAGCACAAGCUCAAGCUCAAGCACAAGCACAGCAAGCACCCAGAGAGCGUGAGGGUAAGCCCGCGAGGAGGCCUCGCCCUACAUCUUUGAGUCACACCAGGACUGAGCCUGUUAUUCAACAAUAUCGUCGUGGCCGCGUUGAGGACCCUUCCUGCUAUGGUGUUCAACAGCCUGCCGUUUCGGGCAUGCGCCCUCGUGCUCAAACUCGACCUCACAGCUAUUACCCUGGACAGCCAGCUCCUCCGAUUUCCAAUGCUGGUUGGCAUCAUCACCAGCACUCUCAGCCUUCUUUCCCCGUUGGAUCAUUCCCAGGACCAUCACCCUAUUUCCCUGGAGCGUCGUCUCCGUCUGUAUCGGGCAUUCCGCCAUCACCUUCACCUGUCGGUGGAGGGCCACCCGGCUUCUUUGACAUGCCCUCAUCGCAAGCAAGCGCUCAUCUCAGGAAUCGUUUCGAGCGACCUGCGUCAUCCAUGGGAUUCCGACAGGACCAACCUUCUCCUUCCAAUAUUGGGUACCCUCAGGAUGAGUACGAGGUAGAGGAACAACAGCCUGAGCCUCCUCGUCCGUUAAGGCGUGCCUCCCGCUCUAGCAGGAAGCCGCCACCACAGCAGAUUGAGGAUGAUCGCCGACGAAUGCCUCCUCCUGAUAGUAUCCCAAGACCCAAGUCUGCUAUGCCUUCUCAAACCACUCCAUUCCGUGCUCCACCUCAAACAUUGACUCGUCAGAAGACGAGAACUCCUUCACGCCCUCCACCAUCCAGCCGUAGCCGUGUCGGGUUUGCAGAUCAACAAGGCUAUGAUGACGAGGACUUCACGGAAAGCCCUGGUCUUUUUGCCGAUUCUCCUGAGGCCAACUUCGACCGUCGUACAGCCUUAACGUCUCGCCCUCGAAGAAGCUCGGUUGCAUAUGAAGGUUAUGGCGCUGAUAUUAUUCCUGCCCGCAGCACUCGUCGUGGAUCUGUUGCAUACGAGCGUGGCGGGAUUGAUAUCAUCCCUGCCCGCAAUACUAGGCGAGAUUCAUUCUACGAUUAUGACCAGUACGACAGUGGCGGUGCCAGUCUGGAUGAGGACAAAUAUUUGGACGCUAUGAAAUAUCAGGACGACAUCAAUGGCGGCCCUGCCAUGCCUUUAACUGCCGCCGCCCUUCGCAAAGCCAGCAACCCUCGGCUUGGCGGCGGAAGCAGUCGCAGCAGCGGCAGCCAUGAUGACAGCGAGUACAAGCGAAGCAACACCACUGGCCUCACCCGAUCUUCUUCUAGCGAUACCGACAAUGUCACCAUUAAAGUAUCAGGCUCGGCCGUCGUGCGUGUAUCGGGUGCUGAGAUCGAAUGUGGCGAUGGAGGUGAGAUUACCUUUUCCAGACCAACUGCUGGCUCUCGUCUUGGUAGCGACCGUGCAAGCAGUUAUUACCAGCUUGAGGACGUCCAAAGUCGAGUUGAACGAAAAGCUCUGCCUUAUCGACCGCACACUCCUAGUCGUUCUGACUCGCAUCACCGGGGCUAUUCUGGAAAUCAUGCCCCGUAUGAUCCGUCGCUCACCAUGGAUGACUAUAUUUAUUGA